GAUAGAUUGAUUGAUUUCUACAGAGAGACAAACAGGAAGUUUGUCAAUGAAAACCAAAUAAAAAGUUCCUUCACAUGAGAUACAGCUUUGCAUUUAUUUUAAAUCUUACGUUAGUAGUCAUUAGUCACAAGCUGGACAGUUGUGAAUUAGAGGAUCUUCACAGCUUCCUUAAUUCAUGCAAACAGUUUCAUUCACGAUUUCUUGAAUUUUGAGUAACUUUGCUGUUGUUACAAUGUUGACAUUGGAGAAUGUGAUCUUUCCUCCUGAUCUCUUUGUAUUUUGCACAGAACGUUCUGUGCGAUUAAAUCUUUGUGCCGGCUUCUUAAUACAGCGAUGACCCACAGAUAUUAACUGGACUCGCAGGCUGACAGCAGAGGCAGCCAGACUGCGAUGGACAGCUUAAACGUUCGUCACAAAGAGGAAGAUGGCACGGUGUUAUUUGAGUCAUAUAUCCCUCCUUCUCGGGAUGCUAUCCACCUGCCCACCUACGUCCUCUACUUGCUCAUAGCCGUCUUCAUCGUGUUUUCGGUUCUCUACGCCAUCACGGGCCACCUCAUCAAAGACCUCAUCCAUGACUGUGCAGACUGCCUGUUUGGGGAGCAGCCUGCAGAAGUGGUGGUGAACUACUGUGAGGCCAAGGAUAAGUUCAUGGCAGACUGGUCCCCACAAACCAGCCCUGAAGUAGAGGCAAUGGCCCGGGAAGAGGAGAACAAGAUGAUUGACAGAGACUUUAUGAAAUCCCCUGCCAUCUGGAUCAUCUCUACAGAACCACGAGGGGCAAAAACAGGACCCCGCGUGGUCUUUGGGAAAAGGACUUGAACCCAUCAGAGACUUGCUGUCGUUACAGACCUUCUGUAUGUGAUGUGAAUGUAUAAAUAUCUAGAUGGAUGAUGAAGGUAAAGAACCAUUUCUGUGUAAGGCUCAAAAUAGAUUAUUCGAUUUCAUUUCAAUAUUAUACAAAAUAGGAUUAAAUUUAACAUUAAAUAUUUUAGUAUAAGCCUGUGUGUCGAUUUUUUUUAAAUGUAUAUGUUUUGUAACAUGUACAUGUGAAACUGAUCUAUCACGUGGAGUAUUAAACAACUAUCAUGGGAAA